UCAGAUCUCUCUGUCUCUCUCUCGCCCUAACUAUAAAUUCCAAAUCUCUCUCUGCAUCCACACCCACUUUUAAUUUCCUCUACCGGCGCCACUACGCCUUGCUACUUUAUACACCCCUAACCGUCGUCAACGCCGCCACAAUAAUGGCUGCUACGUCAGCUUCCCAAACCGCCACCCUCCAUAAAUCUUCUUCGUUCAGAAACCCUUCCCUUUCUCUAUCCUCCAAGCUUCCUCUCCCUUCUCUGUUCCGCGUCAAUGUCACCCAGCGCCGCCGGGAUACGAAGCGACUCGUGUUGGUCGUAUCGGCUGGAUUGGACGCCAAGCCGACGGUUCUCGUCGCUGAGAAGUUGGGUGAGGCUGGUCUCAAUCUGUUAAAGGACUUCGCGAAUGUUGAUUGCUCGUAUAAUUUGAGCCCCGAGGAGCUCUGCACCAAGAUCUCGCUCUGCGAUGCUCUCAUCGUUCGGAGCGGGACGAAGGUGAGCCGAGAGGUUUUUGAGUCGUCCGGUGGGAGGUUGAAGGUGGUCGGGAGGGCCGGUGUGGGGAUUGAUAAUGUGGAUCUGGCUGCGGCCACCGAGCAUGGAUGCUUAGUGGUGAACGCUCCGACCGCCAACACGGUUGCCGCCGCUGAGCACGGGAUUGCUCUCUUGGCUGCCAUGGCUAGGAACGUUGCUCAAGCUGACGCGUCUGUGAAAGCUGGCAAGUGGCAGAGGAACAAAUAUGUUGGUGUAUCUCUUGUUGGAAAAACACUGGCAGUGAUGGGCUUUGGAAAAGUUGGAUCCGAAGUUGCUCGGCGAGCUAAGGGGCUAGGUAUGCAUGUCAUAGCACAUGAUCCAUAUGCCCCAGCUGAUCGUGCCCGUGCCAUAGGUGUGGAUCUUGUGAGCUUUGAUGAGGCCAUAUCUAAAGCUGAUUUUAUCUCUUUGCACAUGCCUCUCACUCCUUCUACAAAUAAGAUUCUCAAUGAGGAAACUUUUGCCAAGAUGAAGAAAGGUGUCCGAAUUGUGAAUGUUGCACGUGGAGGAGUUAUUGAUGAAGAUGCUCUUGUGAAGGCACUGGAUUCUGGAAUUGUUGCACAGGCGGCCCUUGAUGUUUUCACAGUCGAGCCACCAGCACAAGACAGCAAAUUGGUACGGCAUGAGAAAGUCACUGCAACUCCUCAUCUAGGUGCCAGCACCAUGGAAGCACAGGAAGGUGUGGCCAUUGAAAUAGCCGAAGCUGUUGUUGGAGCUUUAAGAGGGGAGCUUGCUGCCACUGCAGUCAAUGCUCCUAUGGUUCCUGCUGAGGUUCUGACUGAACUGAAGCCAUUUGUUGAACUUGCUGAGAAACUUGGGAGACUGGCUGUACAGUUGGUAGCCGGAGGAAGUGGUGUGAAGACUGUAAAAGUGACUUAUGCUUCUGCUAGAGCUCCUGAUGAUCUUGACACUAGGCUGCUACGAGCCAUGAUUACUAAGGGUCUGAUAGAGCCCAUAUCUAGUGUUUUUGUGAAUUUGGUUAACGCCGAUUUCACUGCUAAACAAAGAGGACUUAGAAUUAGUGAAGAACGAAUCCUUCUAGAUGGUUCGCCUGAGAGUCCACUCGAUGUGAUAGAGGUCCAGAUUGCCAAUGUGGAAUCUAAGUUUGCCAGUGCCAUAUCAGAGUCUGGGGAGAUAAAGGUGGCAGGUCGGGUUAAAGAUGGAAUUCCCCAUUUGACAAAGGUUGGAUCUUUUGAGGUUGAUGUGAGCUUGGAAGGUAGCAUAAUUCUCUGCAGACAAGUCGAUCAGCCUGGUAUGAUUGGAAACGUUGGAAGCAUCCUGGGAGAGGAGAAUGUGAAUGUUAGUUUCAUGAGUGUUGGAAGAAUUGCUCCAAGAAAGCAGGCUGUGAUGGCAAUCGGCGUGGAUGAACAACCCAGUAAGUCAUGUUUGAAAAGGAUUGGGGAAAUUCCAGCUAUCGAAGAGUUUGUUUUCCUCAAGUUGUAAUGCGACAUUUUGUUCAUCCCUAUAAUAUGUUGUAUUUUCUUUUGGGAGAGUGGUGUUUUGGGAGGGUGGGUGCCGGCUUUUGCUUUGCUUUGUCCGUUCUUUUUCUAGGUGGGUGUUAUUUCUAAAUCACAAUGCCCGAUUUUGAUGCGCAUUUACUUUUGAAUGUUCUUUUGGGUAGAUUUAGGGUGAUGAGGGAAGAAAGAAUAAUAAAUAAUUAAGCUUUGCAAUUAAGAGUCUGUACCGUUUUUCUAGGUUUAUAUAUUUGCAAUUCAGUGUUUGCAUAUUA